AUGCCCUGCGUUGGUGAUGGAGAUCUUGUUUUAACAUUCUCGAGUACAUGUCUUGGGCGGAUCUCGUCAACAACAACCUCGUCGGCUCCGGUAAUGUCAGCAAGGCGGCCAUAUGUGGCUUUGAUGGCUCUAUUUGGGGUAAAAGCGACAAUUUCAAGAUUCAGAAGACUUCACAUCGUCUUGUUUCGUUUGAGCAAAUGCGCCACACUUUAUAGUGCAAAGCCUGUUCCUGUUCAGCACCAAUAG